AUGAAACUCCACCUCUCCAGCGGUUUGGUCUCUUCCCACAUGGAACACACCCCAGACCGGCAGGGGUUACUGUAUAAAAAGAGCAGUCGCACUUCCUCCUACCACCCGCGUUGGUGCACACUCUGGGGUAACCUUCUCUUCUAUCGGGAGCGAGGUGGAGACCGGGACCCUCCUAAGCUCAUAAUCUUGGAAGGCUGUAUCGUGGAGCUGCGAGAAUCCUCCUCUGAACCAUACGCCUUUGAAAUUUCUUACCCCUGUGGGUUGCCGGGCGGUCGCGCAUACCAGAUGGCAGCCGAGAAUCAAGAAACCCUGGAGGCCUGGGUGCGGGCGCUCAGCACUGCAGGAUUUGGAUACCUCCGAGCCUUGGCCGCUGAGCUGGAAGGGCAAUUUCAAAUGCUGAAGAAUCAGCAGCCCCCCAAAUUGGAGGGAGCCCCAGUAGCCUCAAAAAAGAACUUUAAGCUACCCCUUCUGAAACUGGUGGCUGAAACAAGAUCCAAAGAGACAAAUUUCUCACAACUCCAUCAGGAAUUUGGCGAGGACAUUCUGAGGUUAAGGCGUAUGUGGCAGGAAAAGAAAGAUGGCAAGACACAACCUGCAGAAAACAAUUUGAUAGACUUGGAGUAGAAAAAUCAGCAAUACCAAACAUUUGACUACAAUGAGCAAGUCUAGAG